UUGUGCCCAUUUUUUCCGUACCUAUUUCGGGCGUCCAAAUCAUCGGAGCUCGAUCCUCCACACUUCACUCCUGGCCCAGAGCCCGCGCCGCGAGCGGGGCCCGCGGACUUCAACCUGGCCGGGCACCCGCAGGCCCGGCGGCGUGAACCGCGGGGACGGGGGGCGCGGGACGGAGAGAUCGUGGACGUGAUGGACCACCACCUCGCCAUGACGUGCGAGGCGUUCACCGUGGUGGACUCCACAUCCAUCCCGACCGGGGAGAUCCGACAUGUCGCCGGCACGCCGUUCGACUUCACUGGCGCUGGACGUAAGAUCGGCUCUGCCAUAGAAGACAGCUGCGAGCAGCUCGAGUUUGGCCGUGGCUACGACCACAACUUUGUCCUGCCCGAGGCUCCUCAGGGCACGAUGCAGCUGUGCGCCCGGGUGUCGGAGCCAACGUCGGGGCGGACGCUCGAGUGCCGCACGACAGAGCCUGGCGUCCAGUUCUACACUGGCAAUUUCAUGGAUGCCAAGAACGGGAGCGGGAAAGGGCAGCCGCUGGCCCAUCGGACCGGGUUCUGUCUGGAGACGCAGCGCUUCCCAGACAGCCCGAACCAUCCUUCCUUCCCGAGCACGCGGUUGGGGCCCGGAGAGAUCUACCAGAGUGCAACGGAGUACCGCUUCAGCGCUGAGUAGGCCCGAAGAGCCAGGGUCGCAGGUUGAUCUACCUUGUCGGAAGGCGAAAUGCGUGCCAUCGUGCUCUCGCGUGCAAGCUUUUCUAUCGUCCUGGUUUAUCGUCCUGGUUCGCAGUACCAUCGCUCAGAUCGUUUAUGUCCUCAGCGGUUCCAUCGCUGGCUAUACUUUUCCUAUGCCGCCCUGUCUGCGUUGUUCCUGCUUCCGUGGCUGUUUCGCAAAA